CCUGGUGCUGCUUCCUGAUCUCUGCUGCAUUUUAACCUGUAACUUAAUCUCAGAGAAAGUGUCCUCAGCCGGCAUGUGCGACUGUGCAGAGGUGGAAAAAAAAACCGCCUGUCUUUUGUUGAGGUGCCUAUUUGCCAGUAGGGGUGAUCAUCAUUUUUGCGUGUAGAAACAGCGUCGUCCUUCCCCCACCGCCUCUUUUUUUAACUUCUAGCAGAAGUGCGGAUGUGAGUUGCAUAUUGAUACGGAACAGGCCGCCAGUUUUUUUUUUCUUUUAGCAAUGCGUGCUUAGGCAAUGGUCAUUUUGUGGAGCUAUGAAUCCAGAGGAGCAGACUGUAACGUGGUUAAUAUCAUUAGGAGUGCUCAGCUCACCUAAAAAGAACAUAGCGGACCCGGAGGAGUUUUUGAAAACAUCGUUAAAGGAUGGGGUCGUCCUGUGCAAGCUCACGGAGCGGCUCAUACCUGGCUUCACUCCAAAGUAUUGCCAGGAUCCGAGAACUGAAGCCGACUGCAUUACCAACAUCAGGGAGUUUUUAAGAGGAUGCUCGUCCUUGAAAGUGGAGGGGUUUGAACCAGAGUGGUUAUACACUGGCGAGAAUUUUGGCAAGGUGCUGACCACUUUGCUGGCAGUCAACUUUGCCACACAAGAUUGUGCUGCUGAGAGGUCAUGUUCACAGUCUGGUGCCCAUUCUCCUAGUCAGUCGACAUCUUCGCACACGCUCUCCUCUGCCAAAUCCAAAGGCUCUCUGCGCAGACAAUCCAAAUCAGUGGAGAUGUCUGAGAACGGUGGAGGUGGGCAGCUGAUGGUGAAGGCCCGCUUCAACUUCAAGCAGAACAACGAGGAUGAGCUGUCGUUUAAUAAAGGUGAUGUGAUUCAUGUGGCGCGGCAGGAGGAGGGAGGAUGGUGGGAGGGCACGCUCAACGGCAAGACGGGCUGGUUCCCCAGUAACUACGUCCGGGAGAUCAAACCCUGCGAGAAGCCAGUGUCUCCUAAAGGAACCCAACUGACCAAGAAUUACUACAGUGUGGUGGUACAGGACAUCUUGGAACAUGAGCGGGAAUUUGUCAAAGAAUUACAAACAGUGUUGACUUGUUACCUUCGACCCCUGCAAGCAAGCGACAAGCUGAGCAGCGCAGACAGCGCCACCCUGUGUGGAAAUCUGGAGGAGAUACUCACCUUCCAGCAGGGGCUGUGUGCAGCUUUGGAGGACUGUACAAAAGUCCCAGAGGCGCAGCAGCGAGUGGCGGGCUGCUAUGUAAACCUGAUGUGUCAGAUCAAGACUCUGUACCUGGCUUACUGUUCCAGCCAUCCUUCAGCUGUUUGCAUCCUCACUGAUCACAGUGAAGAACUAGACAAGUUCAUGGAGAGCCAGGGAGCCAGCGCUCCAGGGAUCCUGACGCUGACCACCAGCCUCAGUAAGCCCUUCAUGAGGCUCGACAAAUACCCCACGCUGCUGCAGGAGCUUGAGAGACAUGUGGAGGACGCCCACCCAGAUUAUGCUGACAUUGUGAAGGCAACAGCAGCAUUUAGAAGCCUAGUGACACAGUGCCAGGAACUGCGAAAGCGUAAGAACCUGGAGCUCCAGAUCUUGUCAGAACCUGUGCGGGGCUGGGAGGGAGACGGCAUGAAGAGCCUGGGUCACGUGGCCUAUAUGUCCCAGGUCCAUGUGAAAAAUGGGUCCAGUGAGGAAAAAGAGGAGCGCUAUCUAAUGCUUUUCCCUAAUUUGUUAGUCAUGCUCUCUGCCAGUCCCCGAAUGAGUGGCUUCAUUUAUCAGGGAAGACUGCCACUGACAGGCACCACAGUAACAAGACAUGCAGAGGAUGCAGAUAAUGGCCACUAUGCCUUUGACAUCGCAGGAAGCAUGAUUGAUCGAAUCACAGUGUUCUGCAGCACUGCCCAGGACUUACAAGAGUGGCUAGAGCAGCUUCAGCCCUUUACCAAAGGAGGCAGCCCUGCAGCCACCAUCUCAAAGACUGUAGAAGGCAAGCCACUGAGCAUGGUGGGCACCCCAACUCACCUCUCCCACCUUGGCAGCCUCAGCGCCGUCAGUCGCGGCCCCCUGGAACCACCAAAGAUCAGCAAGCCCUGGUCUCUCAGCUGUCUGCGCCCUGCGCCUCCCCUCAAACCCUCGGCUGCACUUGGAUACAAAGAGAGGAUGUCUUAUAUCAUGAAGGACUCCAGCAAGAGCCCGCGGCCAAUGAAGAAGUUCCUACCAGGCAAUAGGAAGAAAGAGAGGAAGCCCUCUGAUGACGAGAUUCAAACGAGGAAAAGUACGGUGGCUCUGGAGGAGGACGCUCAGAUACUGAGAGUGAUCGAGGCGUACUGCACAGGAGCCAGCCUGCACCAGACCACCACAGGUGUUCGUUUAUCGGUGCGGAAAGAGUGCGUCCCUCAGGUGCUUCUGCCAGAGGAAGAGAAGAUCAUUGUGGAGGAGAUGAAGAGCAACGGGCAGACAGUUAUUGAGGAAAAGAGUCUGGUUGAUGCUGUGUAUGCUUUAAAGGAUGAGGUUCAUGAACUGAAAAAGGAGAAUAAGUGGAUGAAGCAGUUCCUGGAGGAGGAGCAGAAGUCUCGCAAAGAGCUGGAAAGAGUUGUUCGAAAACUGGCCAAGCAGAAGAACGAUUGUGCUUGGGACGACAGCAGCCACUGAACACAAUCAUCCUCGUCCCAGCGUGGCUGUGUGCGUAUGGGUUUGUUUAUGUAAGCAUGCUUGUGGAGGGUCAGGCGUGUGUGUUUGUGUAUCUGUCUAUGUUGCGUCUCCAUAUUUCAAUCACACACAGCAGAGUCGAAACUGCUGACGAUGAUGCUUGGAGUGUCUUCGCUUCAGGCGCUGGAGCUUCAUGCGACAUUUCUGAUGAAAUCUAAUCUGUCUUCCUGAUCCAGCCUCACUAGAUGAGACCACGGAUACGCUUCGUCGUGAAGCAGCUCAGCUAAACCAAGACUGAUAAAGUGGGAUGUUUUCAAACGUACUGCCUCUUGGCGACUGGCACUGUGAACGCUCCCCCAGCAAAUGGAACCAUUUUGGACAAAAACAAGUUCUCCGCUGCUUCUUUUGCUUCAGUUGGAAAUAGAAAAGGAGUCUGAAGCCAUCAAGUCUAAUAGGUGUUCUCCUGCAUGCGUUUCUAUAACCAAGGGGACUUAUUUCCUUCUCUCUACAUCAUGACUUUUUUGUCAUAUUUUAUUUGUCACAAAGACACCAACUGGGAAAACGGAUUCAUUGCGCUUUGCAAUCAGCGUUUUUGUACCAUCCUUGACACUCACAUUGCGAGUUUCCAGGCUGUUCUGUUGGUGUUUAGGCAAAUCAAACAGGUUAGCUCAUCAUGCUACAUUCAGUUGUUACCAAAUGCAGCCCUCGACUGUUUAAAAACUGCAUGAAUGUACAGUGUUUCUAAAUUCUGCAUCAGAAAUGUGAUAAUCCAGAUAUUCAGAUAUAUAUUCCAAAGCUAUCAGGGAUGCAGCUGCUUUAUAGAGUAGAAAAAGCUUAACUAUUUAUCAUUUAUAUACAAGAGUACGCAAAUAAUGACAAAGAUGUCACCCUUACUCUUCUUACUAAACUAUAUUCAAGUAUCAUUUAACAUAUUAAUUGCAUAGCCUUGCUUUAUUUUGGACUUAAAAAGAAAAACUGUAAUCUUUAUUUAUUGAUCACCCAAGCAUUUAAUUGUGGUGUUAGCCUUAUAGAUAUAGUUUUGCUGCCUUUAUAUCUGUGGAAUUGUACUCAACUUCACUGAUGUGUAAAGGCAGAAAAAAACAUCCUUGUUUUGGCUAAGGGAAAAUAUGCUUUUUUUCACAACAAAAGAGGAAAAAUGACUUUAAUAAUGACUUGAGAAUUCAGAGGCUUCUGUUUGCAGCCUCGGUGGCCUCCUAACACGGUCUGAUGGAGACAGGAAAUAAAGCGAGAGAUUUAUUUGGUGUAGAGUAGAGCUCAACUUGUUUAAGUGCCUCCCGACGGGGUCGAUAAACUUAAAAAGAGUUUAAGACCGGACUGGGACUAAAUGCAUGAUUUAUAUUGAAAGUGUCACAGGUGGUUUGUUGUAAUAUUUCAAUAAGAAUGGCUCAAGCUUAAUGGGUAUAUUUCGGGUCUGAAAAACAAGCAGGGCUUUGCAUAUUUUUUUUUAAGAUGCAGCCUCGUUACAGAGACCCACAGCGGUACAUUUCCUCAUGAGUGUGUGCACUGUCAACACUGUUAUCCAGUCUUUGCUGCACUGCAGAGCAGCAGUGAUGCUAUUGAAAUGCAAUAAGUGACUGCUUUACUGACUGACCUCUGGGUGAGUCCCAGCAUGGUAGGCCAGAUUUGGAGAAACUGCAAUAAUAAUGAAUGAAUUAACCCGAUUUAUUAACCAAAAAAAGGGGGGGUCAGACCAUGUGGUUAAGCAACCACAUAGUUUGGCUAUUCAUUAUUUUCCAUUUGCCUUUUAUUUAAUCAAAUUACUUGGUGUUGAUCUUGUAAUGGUCACUGUCUAGGUCCCAAUUUUCAUUAGAAAUAACCCAAAAUGUAAUAAUAAUGGAAUACUGUACAAUCCCUGUUGAGAAGUGCUGUUGUUUUGCAUGCACUUCUUUACAGGGAGGUCAGAGCACUGUGUAGGGUACAAGGCAGCACUGGCAGCAGAGUCAGUGUCUUGCUCAAGGGCACUUCAGCAAGUAAAAAAAAGCUGAUCUAUAAUGGUUAUCUUAAUGGGACGCUCAGUUAACUGGCGUCUUACAGAGACUCUGCCUCCUGUACAGAUGUGUGACUGUCUCUUUAUAUGUUCACUGCUUAGAUUAUUGUUGUUCCUGUACCCUCAAUUCUUUUCAUUAAGUACCACAUACUGUAGUUUUCAAUGCCCAAUAGCCUCAGCGAGCACUUACUGGUGGGAGAGGGUUGAACUCCGGUUUCAUCUUGUUUAUCUCCAGACCACUGUGUGUAUUGUUUUUGAAACGUUGUUCUAUGCAAUUAUUGUUGUUGCAAGUAUUGUAAUGCUUUUUUUUCUAGACACUCUGUACUUUGUGUUUGGUAUGGUCAUUCUUUUAUUAAAACUUUAAUAAUUUUGACGUUAA